UUUAGUUGGUCAUAGUUUUAAUUAAGCAGGAACUUUGAUUUGAUUGUCUAUUUUUGGAAAUCAAAUCAAUGUUAGAGGCCAUCCUAUAUCAAUUUGAACAUUUCUAGUAAAGAAAAUAGGCAUAGGGCUUUCUUGUCUGUAACAAGUUUUAAGGAUUUACAAAAAAGUGAAUGAAGAACUUCCCCAAAAGCAACAAAGCAUUUCGAACAAAAUCCAAGUUCCUAUCCUCAUUAAAAACACCAAACAAAAUAGUUUCCACUGACAAAGGGAAGUCCAUGUUUUUAGACUGCAACCAGCUCCGCAUUUUACUCCAGGAGGGAUGUACCGCACUACAGUGAAAAAAAAACAAGGCUCAGGUUUUCAAAAUCCACAUCACAAAACACACAAUUAUUUGCUUCAAAGUUAAACCUUAAUCUUAAAAAUUCGUUUGUUGGGUAAUAUUCGUUUACCAACAUAUUUCUGAGAGCUUUGUUGUUACAUUUGCGAUCAGAAACACGCACCUUAGAUUGUGAUGUUAGAAGUGGGCGAGCUGCCUAUGGCAAGAUGGCCGCCAUGCACGGACGUCCGUCUCCCGUGAGCCAUCGCGUGAGUGCGUCAUCAUCAAGGGCCCAAAGACCGGAGCGAAGGCGACGACAGGGCGAUUUCCGUUCCCAGCAGAGCUCUGUAUUUUCGACCUUUUCUUCCAAAAUAACAAAAACAGAAACCUUUGGAGCAGCCGUUUGAAUGUUCAUAUAAGGUAAGAUACACUUUGGAUCCUUGUUUUUGUUGAUUUGUAAGGUUAAAAAAAGCUGUAUCGGAGCUGCUCAUCAACACCGACAUCAAUAAUCUGCUUUUUAUCCUGUUAACAUAUUUUCAAGGUUUCCCAGGUAACGGUCUUCACUGCUGUUUUAUUACAAAGAUAUAACUGACCCUUUCAGUCGUAACGAUACAGUGUUUUGAAUAAUAUUUGACGAUGACAGCUUUACCUCGCGAUUUAAGUCUCUUCAACCGGUUUCGUCACAAAAUUAUUAAAAAAUUGAAAAUUAAUACACAUUAUUAUGUGAUACAGCUUCUUUUUAAGGAGAGAUACACCCUUAUCGUCAUGUUUAGUCUAUAUUUAUCACCUUUUUUGAGGCUGUAAUUGUCCCGAACACAGGUGCAAACUAUGGAAGCCCUUAAUUUUCUUAGUUUACAAUUAAAAGGUUGUUUUCUUAGUGUUUUAUCAAUUAUUAUGGCAUAUUGUGGUCAGACCUAUCAAAGUAAUUUGGUGUUUUCUGAUAACCACAAAAAUGUGCCACUAUUACUUGUGUAAUUUCUUAAUAUGUGUCUAUUAAUAACACUGAUACUAUUAUCUUUUUAUAGUGUUAUGGUCUCUUUUUAACUAAAUUUGAAUUCAGAUUAGCCUUUUUUGUCAGUUUGUGUCCAGGAGAUUGAAAAAAAAAUAUGUGAUUUUUGGUCUAAGAGGGUAUUUCUUUUUUCUGUUUGUAGGUGCUUGUAGUCUCUGAGGUUCAGCAGUGAAGCCAGUUGCCAUGGCGUCUCCAGGUGGACAAGGAGGAGGUGGAGCCCUGUCGACAAGAGGAGGGGGAGGGGCCAGGAGGAUGAAGUGGGCUCUGGAGCUGAGUCUGGGUAACACCAGGUACAUACUGUUUAAACACCCACAGCCAGCGAAGAAAAAGGAACAUUUAAUUUGACAAGUACAGAUUUUAAAGUGACUGUCAAAAGUACAGGAUUAUAUAAGGAGCACUUUUGCUUCUGUCAGGUUUGUAGAAGAAACAUUUUGGAGCAGGGUUCAAUGCAUCUUUGUAUCAAGCACUCCGUUUGAAGAAAUAAUGUGGAUUUUUAAGCAUUAACACUGCUGAACAACACGUAAACCUGUGUGUUCCCCUUGUGCUGCAGGAGCCGUGACAGACAGGGCGGGCAGGGAGAUGUCGUUUACCCCAUCGGGUACUCUGAGAAACCUGUACCUGACACCAGCAUCCAGGAGACCGACAAGAACCUGGUGGAGAAGGUGAAACAGAUGAGUGUUUUUUGUUUGUGAGUAAAGGUCCUUACACACUUGGACCAUUUUUUUCGUGCGAUUAUUUCAGAUGUCAAUUUUUUUUUUCGAACUUGUAUCCUGUCAAUACAAGCGUUUACAUCAGCGACGUUUUCCCGUCCUGCGAUACUGCGGUAUUAAUUUUUUCAGAGCAUCGUCAAUUUUUCCAAAGCUUCGCAUACUGUGUGUCCACUUCUGACCAAUCAGAUUGCGUGUUGUUGCGACAUCUGAUUCAUCGGUAUAUCCAACAUGGCCGACCAGCUGAUUGUUUAUGAUCGUUUACACACACAUUACAAAGAUAACGACCUGAAGGACAACUUGCAGAAAGUCAUAGCGUCGGAUUCCACCUGGGAUGCUGUAGGUUGUUAAGGGAAGGUCCUGCCCUCCUUCGCCUCUGAAGGGUUAUAAGUGCUGACCAUUAGGCUUGAGUGUGUGAUGACGUUUCCAGCUUUUUUAGCCGAUCAGAGAUAAAGGAGGCGGGAAUUUCCCCGGGAAAAGUCUUCCCAGGAUGCAUCUUUUUCCCCCAGAAAGUCGCAUAAUCGCAUCGGGCCUGAUGUGUAUAGUCAAGCGUAUCAAAAUUUCGUAAUUACAUGUUCUAUAUUCGCGUAGGCCCUGGUGUGUAAGGAGCUUUAGGGGAAAAAAAAAACAAAGUUUUUGCCCAGAUUUUUGAUUGUUUCUAAAGGAAAACAAAAUGUCAUGUACAAGAAAAGAUAAAGUAAAAUACAGAAAUACAGCAAAUCUCUCUCACUCUCUGCGGUACAGCGAUGCUGGGACGUGGCCCUUGGUCCCCUGAAGCAGAUCCCCAUGAACCUCUUCAUCAUGUACAUGUCAGGAAACACCAUCUCCAUCUUCCCCAUCAUGAUGGUCUGCAUGAUGGCCUGGAGGCCCAUCCAGGCGCUCAUGUCCCUGUCAGCCAGUGAGUAUCCACCCUUCAAAUCGUCUUUUAAACUCUGAUAGGUGUUUUUUUUUUUCCUCCUCCUCUGCAUCAGAGAUGUUGUUGGAUUUGAUCCUGUGUUGAAGUUCUCCUUCUUCUCUGUCUCAGCCUUUAAGUUGUUGGAGAGCUCCAGUCAGCAGUGGCUGCAAGGACUCGUCUACCUGAUCGGGAACCUGCUUGGCUCUGCCUUGGCUAUUUACAAAUGUCAGUCAAUGGGACUUCUGCCAACGCACUCGUCUGAUUGGCUGGCUUUCAUAGAGCCACCUCAGGUAAGAGCCUGAUGCAGUGCUACACGACAUCCUCUGCACCUCACCGUUAAACUGUCUUUGUUAGUUUUGGCAGCAUUUGUCUUUUUCCUUGUGAUCGAGCAGCAGAGAACGUUAAAACCACCUCAUCAGCUGAUUUUUAUGUUUUAGCCACUAGAGGGCAGAAUAAGCCCACCUUGACAUUAAAUCUCAGGAUGUAAUUUUUGAAAAGUAUUGAUAUACAGCAAUUAUCCCCCAUAGUACAGAACAUUAAAUAUUAGAUCUUUGAGGUUUAUUUAGAAGGCUGAUAUUUUUCAAUCCAACUGUGUUUCUGCUCAUAGUUUUUAACUAGGGCUGCUCGAUAUAUCGUUUGAGCAUCGUCAUCGCAAUGCACGUGUGCGCGAUAGUCACAUUGCAGAGCCUGCGACGUCGGAGGCGUAUGAACUCAUCUAAUUUCAGGGGUAGCUGACUGACAUACACUGCAUGUGACUCUGCAUGUACUGUACAGCGAUCCACCAAUCACAUUCGUUCUUUACUCAGUUGCCAAUCAGACUACCCUGCCAGCCGUCAAUCAGAAUCAGAGAGGAGGAAACCAUGGAGGGAGUCACUGGCGCUGCCGGUGUUGUGCCGAGAAACGCGUGUCCGCUGAGAAUUACUUUUGGAACAUUCCUCAUCACUGUUUAGCCCCACAAAUAGGAACUGUAUGGGUUUUAAAUUGUACAUUUCCAUGGACCGCUCUGCUAUAAGCGGUGCGCGUUCCUGCGAUGUGCAUGCAGUCCUCGGCAGGCAUGAGUUUCUCGGCACAACAUCAAUGAUUGCAAAAUGAGAAACGAACAAAAGAAAACCACCAAAGAUGAAUACUUGUUGUUGACAAAAAGAAAAGCAACGUCACUUAUCUGUUAUUAUUUCGGUUACAAGAAAGAUGACGUCACCAAACACCAAGCUAAAAAUAUCUCUUAGGCUAUGUUCCCACUGCAAUUCUGAUUUUUUCAAAUCAGACCCAGGCCUCUUUUGUAUGUGGAUAUAAAUCGGAUAUGUAUCUGAUGUGACUGCAGUGUGGACGCUCAGGUCACGUUCAUCCGACCUAUACGUCGUCAAUAUGCGAUAAACAUCACCAUUGUUCGACAACACAAACAGGCGCGGAAAGCAAUUUGUGCUUUGUGUACAUGCGGGUCACUUCACGGACUCAUUCCGUUCACAUUAGAUGCCGCAUUCGUUGUUGUAAUGUGAACGACCGCACAAAAAGAUCGGAUUUAACAAAAAAUCCGAAUUGCGCAUCAUAACCUGCAGUGUGAACGUAGACAGACAGAAGCCAUGAUACUAACAUUCACAAAAAGAGGUAAGAUCAGUGCAGGUUUUUUAAUAUCGCAGAGUUGAAAAAAAUUGCAAUGUUAGUUUUUUCCAAUAUCAUGCAGUCUUAUUUUUAACCCAUAAUAGGGGUAAAUAUUUCAAUAGAUUUUUUUUAUUGGGGUUAUGCAUUGAACCUGAUUUUGAACUCUGUCUUUUUUCCACAGAGGAUGGAGAUCAUGGGUGGAGGGAUGGUGUUGUGAAGAGGACCCAGCGUGCACAUGAACAGAUUCAGAUAUUUAUAGAGAUUUAUACUGUACAGCCUGAAUACCUGGUUAAGUUUUCUUCUCCCUGUCCAUAAAACUUCAAACCUUCACAGCGGCAGUUUCAACAUACAGGAUGUUUGUUUACUUUAUUUCGAAGAUUUUUUUUUUUUUUUUGGACUUCUGCUCCUCUUUCUGUCUUCGUGAUGAUAUCUGUUGUUCCAAUGCCUCUUACUAUAAUUUACUUUAAUAAAGAUUUAAAAAUCCAGCAGAUUACUCAGCUGCCUGCUGUGAAACUACUGUAUUUUCAUUUCUUAAAAGAAAAUAAUAUGAGGUAUAUUGACAGAAUGUAGAAUUGUACAGUUUUGUGGGGGGUUGAAGAGCAUAAAACAAAACUUUAUCCACCUAUUCCCCCAUAUGCAGAGCUUGAAGUUUAUAAAUCAAUAUAAAUAUGUCAGAAAAAGUGCUUUUAUUCUAGCACAGAAGUGAUUUCUCCUUUUCCCUCUUAACUAUUGUUUCAUAGGUUGUAGUGGCACGCCCCAUUGUGUCAGCAUGGUUUCAGCAUGCUAGCCUUUAACACUUAACACACGUUUUCUUUAACUCUUUUUAAUUUAUACUGAUUUACUCUUGAAAUGUUCUAUGAAAUAAAUCUUAAAUGGCUGAAUUGAAAUGUUUCAAAUGUGUCAAUAAAUUUUCUGACCAAAAUUGAA